GUUAAUUUUAAUUAGUGUCAUAUGUAUAAUUAUAAUUAUAAUAUUAUUGUUUGUGUAAUAUUUAUAAUUAUUAGGAUUUUAAUUACAAUUAUUAUUAUAAUUAUCUUUAUAAUUUUUUAUAAUUAUUAUUAUAUAUGAACUAUAUUUUAAUUAUAAUUAUAAUUAUAGAAAUAUUGAAAUUAGAUCAUAUCAGAAAGAUUCAGAUCAGAUCAGACCAGAUUAGAAAGAUUCAGAUCAGAUUAGAUAAAAAAAUUCAGAUGAGAUCAGAUCAGAACUUAAAAAAUUCAGACCAGAAACAUUCAGAUAAGGUGAAGAGAACAGCUUAUAGGUCUUAAUUAACCUUGGGAUAUUUGAGAUUUCUAAAUAUGAUUUUGAGCUUUUGGAUUAUCCAUUCUACUCCCUCCGUCCCAAUUUGUAAGAUACUUUACGGUUUACGAUGUUUGACCGACGAUAAAGUAAAUUGAUCAUUGUCAACACUCAAAUUUGUUUUGGAAAAUAAAAUUUACAUAUCCAGAAACUACAUUAAAACCGCUACAAAAGCAGCAAAAAAUAAUUCAAAUUUCAUAAACUUUUAAUGUAUAAAGUAAAAGAUUAAGAGUGAUUUAUGUUGACCGAGUGAAUAGUAAAUGUACCUUACAAUCUGAGACUGAGGAGUAAUAUAGUACGUGUCCCAUCCACAGCAUAUUUGUUUAUAAACCAUUGUCUGUUGAAAUAUAUGGGAGUAUAAGAAAUGAAGAAAUUAAUUUUUGGACGGAAUCAUGUGAAAUUCUUUGAAGUACUACGUUACAAUUUUUAUUUUGAGAAAUUAAGAAUAUACUCCGAAACAUUUCCACAAGAGAAAUGAAGUAAAUAAGCUCAAUCCCAAACUAUUAGCAAUUCUGCAAUUGAGCCCUUGAAUCUGAAGACGUUGCAAAUACAUCCUUUGAAUCAUCGAAAUAAGGCUAUCAGCCCUUGUUUACCUGUUGGUGUCGGUAACUUUUCACGAGAAGGGUUACUGUCUUUCCGGUUGGUGCCGGUUUUAGCGCUUAUUUUAGUCACUCGAGAAGGGCAUGGUUGCAAAAUACUGUCGUGCGAGUACUUAUUUGCUUCUUUUAUUCUUCCAAAAAAAAAGUAAAUCGGCCCCAACUUUUGUUAUGCAUUUUGUGUAGUAAAUUAAAUUCCUUCCACUUGUAACAAUGAGAUCUCUCAUAAAAAACUGCCCAUACAAACCACCUUUAAAAGUGACCAUACCGCAUAAAUCUCCUGUCCAUGAAUAGUUGGAUGCCUUAAUUUGUAUUCCAUCACAUGCAUUUCUAUUGAGAACUUUACUUUCAUGUGUAACUUAACGUCUUAAUCACUUUUUCUACUCUGUCUAGAAACAGAUAUAUCAACAUACAUCAUGUUUUAAUUUUUGAGCCAACAUGUUUAAUUAUCAUCUGUGAUAACACCAUUCGAUUUUAAAAAGGUGUUGCAAAACUAAGUGUUAACAUAUGAUGGAAUCCACAAAUGGACAUUUAUCACCAAAUGGUUAUAAUAAUCAGGUUCAAUCUUUGUCAGAUCCUUCAUUUGAUUCUCCAUUACAUGUCCCCAAUUUUCCAGAACCUUCAAGAAAGUAUCAAUGUAGCAAUAAUGGAAGUCCCUUUAGUGUCAUGAGAACAGAUGGUUGUCCUAAGAAAGGUGAGGUUGGAGGAAAAGGAACGCAAGGAGAGCCGCUUGAUAUUGAUAAUAAUGGUGGUGUCCUAGAGCCAGAUGAUCUAAAUUACACCAACAAUGAGGUAUUUUAUGCUUUAAAACAUUCUAUAAUGAUUUUCAUAUGAUGUUCUAAGUUAUGGACAUCUUGCAAUCUUAAAUCAAAUCAAAUUCAAGCAGAUUACAUUUGUUAGACUAAGCCGGAUGAGCAAUGCAUAAUUGAUGUAGUUUAUGGGUCGGAAUCCACACCCCAUAUCUUUAAAAUAACUCCUAAGAAAAUUUACACAAUACUAGACUCAAGAUGAGAAGAUAUAAGUAGACCACACAAUUGGAAAAGAUUUGUUAUAAUUACUACUCUUGUAUAUAACCUCUUAUCGUUUUUUUAAACUGUGAGACAUCAAAGUCUUAACUUUUAUAAUUUGUAACUCUAUUUUUCUUGAUCAGCAUAAUGAGCAAUCCACAAUUGGUGCAAGAACAUCUCAAGAAUUUAAGGAGUAUAAGAAGAAGGUGACACUAAUCUUGGAGGAGUACUUUGAGAAUGAUGACAUAAGUUCAACUGCAAGUGAACUGAGAGAAUUAAGAAUGCCUGACUACAACUUCUAUUUCGUCAAGAAGCUUAUAUCCAUGGCAAUGGACAGGCAUGACAAGGAGAAAGAAAUGACCGCGCUCCUGCUCUCCUCGCUCUACGUAGAUCUAAUAGAACCCCAGCAAGUUUACAAAGGUUUCACCAAACUACUGGAAUCCGCCGAUGAUCUAAUCGUGGAUAUCCCCGACACAGUUGAAGUUCUCGCUCUGUUCAUAGCCCGAGCGGUGGUGGACGACAUUCUUCCACCCGCUUUCCUGGCUAAGGCUACUUCCUCUUUACCACCUGAGAACUGUAAAGGAAUAGAGGCUAUAAACAGGGCAAAGAAGAGCUACCUAUCGGCUCCCCUUCAUGCUGAAGUGAUUGAGAGGAGGUGGGGUGGGAGCACGAAGAGAACAGUUGAUGAUCUGAAGGGGAAGAUAAACAUUUUGCUGAAAGAGUAUGUGGUGAGUGGAGACAAGAAAGAGGCUUUCAGGUGCAUUAAAGAUCUGAAUGUUCCUUACUUCCACCAUGAGAUUGUGAAGCGGGCGGUGAUCUUGAGCAUGGAAAGGGUGGCGGCGGAGAGCAGGGUUUUGGAGCUGCUGAAGACAGCGUCCGAGGAAGGGCUUAUCAAUUCAAGCCAAAUCACAAAAGGGUUUACUAGGAUCAUUGACUCUAUUGAUGAUUUAUCUCUUGAUGUACCAAAUGCGAAGUCCAUACUCCAAAUGCUUAUAUCCAAGGCCGCUUCAGAGGGGUGGCUAUCAGCCUCCUCUCUGAAGUCAAUAUCAUCUGUUCAUCCUCCUCACUUCGGUAACUACCUUGCAUUCAAUUACUCAGUCUUAAAAGUCAUUUUUAUCAAGGAAAUGGGACUAGAGAAACUAAGCUAAGGCUACUUUUGGGUACCCAAAAAUGCAUCAAUAUCAAUAAAGAAGGUACUCCAUAAUAUUCAUGCAUCUUUCCUAAUUUCCCCUAUAAUUUUCUAUAACCAUAUCCUAUAGGGAAGCAGAAUGUUGCAGCAGAGAGCAGCACAGUGAAGCGUUUCAAGACGAAGGCAGAAUCCAUAAUUAAAGAAUAUUUUCUGACCGGUGACAUUUUAGAAGUGAGUAGGUGUCUUGAAUCAGAGAUCAACAAUAGCAGUUGCUUUCAGUAUUCUUCCGAGCUGAACGCCAUCUUCAUCAAGAAACUGGUGAGCCUAGCAAUGGACCGGAAGAACCGAGAGAAGGAGAUGGCGUCCGUCCUGCUAUCCUCCCUAUGCUUCUCAACGGAGGACACGGUGAGCGGUUUCACAAUGCUGAUCGAGGCGGCGGAAGACACGGCUAUAGACAUCCCGGGGGCGGUGGAGGAUCUGGCGAUGUUCCUAGCCAGGGCGGUGGUGGACGAAGCUCUGGCCCCACAACAUCUAGAGGAAUUAGGAGGAGGAACCCAGAACAAUAACAAUCAUAAAGUGGUGGGUAUGGCGAAAUCACUGCUAAAGGCGAGGCUUUCUGGCGAGAGAAUCUUGAGGUGCUGGGGGGGAGGCGGGAACGGGACGAACGGGUGGACGACGGAGGAGGUGAAAGAGAAAAUUGCGAAAUUGCUGGAGGAAUUCGAGUGCGGCGGUGACUCGAGAGAGGCUUGCCGGUGCAUAAAGGAGCUGGGGAUGCCUUUCUUCCACCAUGAAGUGGUGAAGAAGGGGGUGGUGAAAAUGAUGGAGAAGAGGUCCGGCGGCGGCGGCGGCGAGAGGGUGUGGGGUUUGCUGAGAGAGUGUUUCGGGACAGGGUUGGU